UUCCCCCCAGUUGCUAUAGAAAUUGCUGUGUGUAUCGAUUGUGUUUUGUUACCGUUCCUGUGAAUUUUAGAUCAGGGUUUUCUGCCUUGGUACAUCAACUUUUUCCUCGUCGUGCUGCAGUAGAGUUUGCUUGACUCAACUCAGUAUUUGGAAGGACUGGUUUACCUGGAAUCCAGCUAGUGUGAUUUUCACCAUGCUGUCAAAUGCAUGGGGGAAAUUGUAUUUUUAUUGGAAUUAAUAUAGUGCUCUUCAUCAGACAACUGUUCUCAUCCCUUCCCCCUCUCCUUUUGGGACUAAGCAAAACCUCCAGAGGGUAUUCAGAGAGUGACGGUGUAAUCAAUCACAGGUGUUGCUACAGCUGAGGAAGUGGAAAGACUGGCUGCAAUGCGUUCAGAUUCUCUGGUACCUGGGACUCACACACCUCCGAUCAGAAGAAGAAGCAAAUUUGCCACUCUUGGAAGACUUUUUAAACCAUGGAAAUGGAGGAAGAAGAAGAGUGAAAAAUUCAAGCACACUUCAGCAGCUUUGGAAAGAAAAAUAUCGAUGAGGCAAAGCAGAGAGGAGCUUAUAAAACGAGGAGUGCUGAAAGAAAUUUUUGAUAAAGAUGGGGAACUUUCCAUACCAAAUGAAGAAGGAGCUUUGGAGAACGGGCAGCCUCUGGGCUCUGGGCAAGUGCUGAGCUCCAGCCAGGUAUCCCUGCCAGCGCUAGCAGAACUGGAGUCAGGUCCAGCACCUGGGGAACCCUGCUCAUACGAGGUGCUCCCAACCACAGAGAUCAUGGACGGGACAGUGUCUGAAGAGAGCCCCACAUCCAAUGAAUCCGGCGUCCUCCUCUCCCAAGAUCCUACAGCUAAGCCAGUCCUGCUACUUCCCCCCAAAAAAUCUGCCGCAUUCCCUGGAGACCAUGAGGACACCCCAGUGAAACAGUUGUCCCUCCUCAAACAGCCCCCUGCCCUGCCUCCUAAACCUAUUGCCAGGAUUGCCAGCCAUUUAACUGAUCCUGGCGCUCCUGUGAAACUGCCUUGUAUGCCAGUUAAACUGUCACCUCCACUACCUCCAAAGAAAGUCAUGAUCUGCAUGCCUUUAGGGGGGCCAGACCUCUCUCUCUCAUCCUAUUCCACGCAGAAGAGCUCCCAGCAGCCUUUGACCCAGCACCAUCACACUGUCCUGCCAUCCCAGUUAGCAGCUCACCAGCACCAGUACGGCAGCCACAGCCAGCACCUGCCUUCCGGAUCCAGCACGUUGCCCAUUCACCCUUCAGGGUGCCGGAUGAUAGAGGAACUGAACAAAACACUAGCCAUGACCAUGCAAAGGCUAGAAAGCUCUGGUUUACACACAGGUGACAGUGUUACAAAAACGGGACCUGGGGGCCUUCCAGACAUGAGACAAGUGCCAACUGUUGUGAUCGAAUGCGAUGACAAUAAAGAAAAUGUGCCUCAUGAAACCAACUAUGAAGACUCUUCCUGCCUCUACACAAGACAGGAAGAGGAGGAAGAGGAAGAUGAAGAGGAGGAUAACUCAAUAUUUAAAAGCUCCCUGGCAAUGAAAGUCUGCAGGCAGGACUCUUUAGCAAUCAAACUAAGCAACAGGCCUUCCAAGCGAGAGCUGGAGGAAAAGAACAUCCUCCCCAUGCAAACUGAUGAAGAGAGGCUCGAACUCAGGCAGCAAAUUGGGACAAAGUUAACAAGACGACUGAGCCAGAGGCCGACUGCUGAAGAAUUGGAGCAGAGGAACAUUCUGAAACCCCGGAAUGAACAAGAGGAGCAGGAGGAAAAACGAGAGAUAAAGCGAAGAUUAACACGUAAGCUGAGUCAAAGGCCCACGGUAGAAGAGCUACGUGAGAGGAAGAUCCUCAUCCGCUUCAGUGACUACGUAGAAGUGGCAGAUGCGCAGGACUACGACAGGAGGGCAGACAAACCCUGGACACGUCUCACAGCCGCCGACAAAGCAGCCAUUCGAAAAGAGCUUAAUGAAUUUAAAAGCACUGAAAUGGAAGUUCAUGAAUUAAGUAGGCAUCUAACAAGGUUUCAUAGACCGUAGCAGUUCAACUCUACCUGACUACUAUGCCGUCUUCACAACUAAAAGGAACCAUAAGUGCUGGUAUUAUUCACUUCCCUGUUACGUACAAUGUAAAUCUUCUGAACUGCCUUUUUAAAAAAAAAAAAAAGAAAAAGAAAAAAAGUAGAAAAAUAAAUAUUAAAAAAAGGAAAAUUGUAUUUACAUGUGAUGGGUACUGCAGCAUCAUCAGACCUGCUGGUUCAAGCUUCAAUAACAGAAAAUACCCCUGGUGGGAACCGUGCCAAGACUUGGCAUCUAUGUAUAAGACUUUCCUGGCAUGUGGAUGUGCCAUACCUGUUCAAGCCCAGCUGGUGGUGCAUCCAUUUCGUCUUCGGGCGCCCCUCAUCCUGACAAGCCUCUGUCAUCAACUCUAGCGACCCCUGAGAUGGUGUUCAGGGAAUCACUGGCCUGGGUGAUGUCUCCAAAAGACCAGCACCUACGGCACUAAAGCACUUAUACCAAACACUCCUUUCAGGCUGCGAGCACCUUAGGAGGACGGUGAAGGAUCAACACUCCUCUACGGGCCACCCCAUCUGUGAAUACCAUCUGACUAGAAAUGCAUUUCUUUCCCUGGAGAAAUUUAUGGCCAGUCGAUAGGCAUCGUUCAGCUCCCAAGAAGAAAAAGGCAUCGCCUGUAAAGAACCUGGACUCCCUCCUGAAGGCUGGUUGAGUUCUUGCAACUGUUUAUUUUUCAUCUCCUUCAAGUAUAAUUUUCUAAACCCAGCUGUGAACCCAUCAGCAGUAAGCGACAAGAAUGCUGAGGACAAGCAAGCAAACCCCAUCUCUUCAUGGUCACUGCAUGGCAUUCGCUCAGCUUGUAGAUUGUUUUUACGCCCAAGCCUCGUGAUCGUGUGAGAGCCGACGCGUGCCCGGCCCCAAGAAAGGCUGGCAUUCCCACCCGCUCCGCAGGGGACAGGAGGAACUGGGGGGUCAAUGGGGGGUAUCUGUCCUCUCUGCAUCAGGUGUUUCAAGAACUGAUCCUAACCUCGCACUGAGAAACACGUGACAGAUUGUGGUACCCGGCCUGACAACAGGAGUCUGGUGCACUGCUAUGAAUGGUGGGACUUGUCACCUGUACCCACGGCUGAGGCCCAAGGACAGCAAUUCAAAGGUGUUCUGUUUUGGUUUUAAUUUAUUUUUAUUAUAGUAGUUUAACACACAAACUGACCGAGUAGAGCUCAGAGAGCUGGUCGCUCUGGGCCUGGUUUACCUGCCAACUUAAGUGUGUGCUUAACACUAAGUGAGCAUGCAAAGAGCCUCACUGCAUUCAGGAAGAUGUCUGACAGGCUUAAUUGAAGCUGGACACAUGUAAGUGCUUUUCUGAACUUUGGCCAGCACCUCCCAGAAUCAAGCCCUUAACUAGCGUAACGCCAGCAAGCUGGGGCAAACAUUGUCUAGGAUUCCUUUCCAGCUCUUACAAGGAACUGUUAUGCCAUGUUUUGGGCCGCUGGCCCAAAGCACUGUAGCAACAUCACUGGUAAGAAGUUCCAGAUUAUUACUUCAGGACACCCUUUUUCUUCCACAACAGCUAUUUUGCUUUGACAGUUUGAACAGAGAGGCCAAAGUUUUUUACUACAAUGUUGUUAUUUCUGUUAUUAUUAUUUUUUUCCUUUCUCACUGUCUUCCGUGUAUCUAUCCACUCUUCUCAUGCUCCCUCUCUACCUCCCCCCAUGCCGUGCUAACAUUGCCCUUUACCAAUCAGGGGCUGAGAAGCCUCUCUCACCUGAGCACUUAGUGGCCAACGCUGUGUAGUGCCAACACUUCUGCCUCUUCUCAGGCCUUCUUCUCAUUCCCCUGGUGGCAGGAGUAAAGCGAAGGCACCUGCAUGUAGCCCAUGGAGUUGCUCUAGCUUCCAGCCUGCCCAGAUGACACCGGCACUCCGUUCUGCUUCGCAGCGGUACUCGGUACCUCACAGGUUUGCUCUCCAUCAGAGACAAGGGACAGCAUUUCAUUCUCAUCUGUGGCCAUUCUUGCAGUGCUAUGGGGUAUCAGCUACUGAACAACAAUUGGCUGCUAUAGGAUGGAAGAUGCUACAAAGGAAAGUAAAAACCAGCUGGUUUUUGGUACCUCGUUUUUGAGACAGCCUGUCCUUGACGUGGGACGCUUCCCAGGUGAGGUAAUGAUUGCUGAUGAAACACACACAAGGUGAUCCAUGUAUCACCAGCUCACAGUUGCUUUAGCUACAAGUUCAUCAGCAGUGGUAGCCUUUAAUGUGCCAUAUUAUUAGCUCAGUGCAGCAAAGACAGAGCACGUAAGUACUGGCCAGGAAUACGCUGCCAGGGGGGUUCAUGUUUUUGGAUUCACUGACUUACCCAUGCACCCAUAGCAAGACUGCCCACAGCUUUAAAAAGGGAAAACAAAAUUAGGCUUUUGACUACACACACAUUGCAUUAGGGAAGGGCUCUGCAACAUAGCUGUUUUGAAGGGCAACAAGCCCUCACAUUCCCAGUAUGGAUCCCAUGCCUCCCCUGCCAGCGUUAGCUUAGAGGUUCAGCCUGAAAGGGAAAGGAGGCCAUUUAAGGACCAGCCGUGACAGAAACCACAGAACUUAGUAAGCUGCUGGGAAGAAAAGGUGAGAUACUUUUUUUUUCCAUUUUAUGAUUAAAACGAAGAGGAAAGAGGUAGAAGUAGCAGACUGCUGCUGUCAGUCUGUUGUCGGUGCUACAGUGCCCAGGGGAACAGGCAGUCUGUGGGCAAAGUCACUCUGGGUACUGCCACUGAGCCCAGCAGUGCCCGCGCCUGGCAGGCUGGGAGCCCAAAUAAAGCCCUGGGCAGCAGCUGAGCCUACUCCUGGGUGAUGGCCAGACCCUCCCCAGCACCCUGCCUUCCUCUGGGUGGGCCCAAGGCAGGUCCCUGCCAACCUCUUACCAAGUUGUCACCUCUGCCUGCCUCAGGAUUCAGGCUGUCCCCAGGGCAGCUACACGUGGCAAUGCUUUUUUCUUUUUUAAUGAUGUUAACUCCUGGCUGAGCAGACACCAGGACACAGUGGAAGAACUGCCAUAUUUCUCCCGAAUUGCAAGGAGAGCUUGUUACUGGAGAGGGAGGAAGAGGAGGAGAAAGAAGCCAUAUAAAGUGUUUGGCACUGGAGCAAGCAUCACGGAACUGGCACUUCAUCUGGUUUUAGUUUCAGUUGAUCUGGGUAUUUUGCAAAGUGACCCUUUGGCGAGGCAUUCUUCAACAACCUGUCAGUGCCUGAACACUGCAGCGCGUCCUCAGUUUGCACACCCACCUCUCACAUCCAUAGGAAAGCUGCAAGCAGACUGGGGAACAGUUAGUCCUUUUUUUUAUUUUUUUAAAUCUGUUUUUCUUCUUAUCUGUGAAAGCCAUCUCUACCGCAGUAAAGUAGUUGUGAUUCUGUUGAGGGUGAAAAAAAUAAGAGUCAUGAUUUCCCCCCCUUCAACCUGGAUUACAUAUAGGAUGUAAAGGUGAUAAAAUUUCUGCUAAGACUCGGUUAAUACCACAGUUACCACCACCCGGUCACAUUAGGGGGAGAUUAAUAGUAGUAAUAAAGAAAUUGCAUCAGGUUUAGAUAAUGGAAAACUCAACUAAGAGCAAAAAUGGCUAUUCCAAUCAUCCAUCUCCAGGGCUGAUAAUGGAGAUAAUACUCUCGACUCAAGGAAGAAAAACAUUUUGGUUAUAAUCCACUGAAUGCUGAUGGGUUAUUCAUACUUAAAAUGUACCAGUAUUGUGACAUCUGACAGCCUGUGGAAAGAUGACAUGGACAAUGGGGGGGCUGGGGAUUAGAAAAGCAACUCCAAAACGUCUAGACAAGUUUUGAUUGAGAAAAAAAAAAAAAAAAAAAAAAAAAAA